UUCGCUACAUCAACUAUCAAAAAAAUCAAAUUACCAAAAAGAGAGAAAUUAUAGAGAUAGAAAACCAUAUAUCUAUCUACAUCUAUAUACACAUAAUAAUCAUAUAUUGAAUCACAAUGGCAACAACAGCAUCAAAAUCCUACUUUCACACACCGAACUUCCGUUUCUUCACAUCCGAAAUCCACUCUUCAAACGGAUCAUCCGAUUUUGAACUCGACGAAUCCGAUAUCUACAACGUAUCAGUUUCUCCAGAAAUCCGGAAAACCGUUCCGACGUCACGGAUCAGCAAACGCUCGUCGUCGGCGAAGAAACGAUCACCGGUCGGCGGAACGGCGUCGUCACUUCCGGUGAGUGUACCGGACUGGUCUAAGAUACUGAAACAGGAUUACACUGAGAAUCGGAACAGCGACGACGAUGAUUUCACGGAUGAUGAUUAUAAUAAUAACUCCGGUGAAGAUCGGAUUCCGCCGCAUGAGUUUUUGGCGAGAACGAGAAUGGCGUCGUUUUCCGUUCAUGAAGGAAUUGGACGGACUUUGAAAGGAAGAGAUUUAAGUAGAGUUCGGAAUGCUAUUUUUGAGAUUACUGGAUUUCAGGAUUAAUUUCACCAUUUUUAACACUGACACUUUGUUUUUUUUUUCUUUUUAAAUAUAUAAUUUUCUACAGAUUAUUAUUGUUAUCAUUGUUAUUUUGAUGAUGAUCAACAGAAAGUAACCGGUUUUUGGUUAAGUAAUUUGUUGAUUUUAUGUUUGGUUAAUUAAUUA